AAGGCACAAACUUGGAGAGCAGGUUCUUUUGUGUCAAAACAGUACACGAGCUGAGCACGAGAGCCCAACGGAUAAGACCAGGGAAACGAAGAGCACAGCAGGUUUUUUUGUGUGUCGGAAAAUGGCAUCACCAUUUACAGCGGCAACAACUCUUUCAUGCACUUCUUCUUCUUGGCUUCACGGUUUUGUCGGACCCACAAAUGAAAUCUCCAAGUUCCCAGACAAAAGAAUACCUAUGUUGGUUUUAGCUCAGAAGAAAGCCAAAAAGACAAGAAAGAUAAUAUUGAAAGAGGAUGUGACAGAUUUGGGAAAGAAAGGGCAACUAGUUGAUGUCAAGGCUGGCUUUUACAGGAAUUUUCUGCUGCCUACAGGCAAGGCUCAGAUUGUCACUCCUGGUUUAGUCAAGGAAAUGCGGAUGGAAGAGGAAAGAAUUGAGGCUGAGAAAAAACGGGUAAAAGAAGAGGCACAGCAGCUGGCACUCAUAUUUGAAACUGUUGGAGCAUUCAAGGUCAAGCGCAAAGGGGGAAAGGGAAGACAGAUAUUUGGGACUGUAACUGCUCAAGAUCUUGUUGAUAUAAUCAAGGCACAGAUUCAGAGGGAUGUGGACAAGCGGAUUGUUUCUCUUCCAGAUAUCAGGGAAACAGGAGAAUACAUUGCUGAACUUAAGCUUCACCCAGAAGUUACUGCUCAGGUGAGGUUGAAUGUCUAUGCUAACUAAGGGCAAGCAACUUUUGGAGCCACUCUUUGAAUGGGGACUAUACAUGUGAACAACUAGCAUCAGUAAGGAGCAUUGGAAAGUGCAAAUUAGUCGUAGAGAUGAUUAGUUCUCAUUUUACGUUGCAGCCAUGCUUUUGUUGUUUCAUGUUCAUUCUUUUUUUUUUUUUCACAUGUAGCUUUCUCUUGGGAAGUUCUCUAAUGUUAAAUCUUUUCACUUUAACAUUACAUUCUGGGAAUUUCAAGUUCAUACUUUUGGAAUGCUUUUAUUUUA